CGGCCGCCCGUCCCAGUCCCUCUGGCCAGCUCCAGAGACCCCAGCCUCCGGGGCUUUCCGCGCGCCAUGCCGCCCCCAGUGCUGCUGGGCGCGGUCUUCUGUGUCCUCCUGGCCGGGUUCGCGCGCUCCGGCUACUCUGGGGACCGCUGCAGUUGGAGAGGCAGCGGCCUGAGUCAGGAGCCCGGCAGCGUGGGGCAGUUGCGCUUGGACUGUGCAGAGGGGAGCGUGGAGUGGCUGUACCCAGCCGGGGCGCUGCGUCUGACCCUGGGCCGCCCUGACGCUGGCCUGCAGCCCGGUGUCGCCUGUCUGCGGGCUGCGCGACACUUUGCCGGAGCCCAGGUCUUCGCGGAGCGGGCGGGCGGCGCCCUGGAGCUGCUGCUGGCCGAAGGUCCAGACCCGGCCGGCGGCCGCUGUGUGCGCUGGGGUCCGGGCGAGCACCGCGCCCUCUUCCUACAAGCCGCGCUGCAGCGAGACAUCAGCCGCCGGGUGGCUGCCUUCCGCUUCGAGCUGCGAGAGGGUCCACGGUCCGAGUUGCUGCCCCAGGCACAUGGCCUCGGGGUGGAUGGCCGGUGCAGACCCUGCAAUGACACCGAGCUUCUCCUGGCUGCCUGCACCAGUGACUUUGUGAUCCAAGGGACCAUCCAGGGGAUCAGCCACGACCCCGAGCUGCAAGAGUCUGUCAUCCAGGUGGUGGCUGCCCGUGUGCUUCGUCACAUGCUGCCCAUGCCCGGGGCGGGGGGCACCGCGCAGGUCUCCAUUCGCACCCCACUGCACUGUGGUGUGCGCCCUGGCCCGGGCACCUUCCUCUUCAUGGGCUGGAGCCGGUUCGGUGAGGCCUGGCUGGGUUGUGCCCCCAGAGACCAGGAGUUCCACCGUGCCUACGAGGUUGCGCGCACUGCCCACCUGCUCCCCUGCGAGGUGGUGCUGGACUGAAGGAGGCUGGGAGUGACUGCCCCUGAGGUCUCUCUCCAGGGAUGGGGCUGGUGGUGGGUGAGGGGUCCUCCAGAGUGGCUCUGGACAGUAGUGAUGAUCAAUAAGAACGUGCAUUAAGUCA